AUGAGCGAAUUCGUGCUCAAAUUGGGGCUUAUGCUCGCCAUGUUCGUCUUAACGUUCAUCGUUGGAAUGUCGCCUCUAAAGGUUCUUCAUAAGCUACGACACGAAGCAGCCACCGCUCAAAGCUCCUCAAAACACAAGCAUGUCUCAUUGGUUCUCUGCCUGUUGACAUGCUUCUCCGGAGGUGUCUUCCUUGCCACCUGCUUCCUUCAUCUUUUCCCAGAACUCCAGGAAAAGAUGCGCAGUCUUAGUCACUACGGUUGGGACACAACUGGCUAUCCAUACAGCGAACUCCUCUCUUGCCUCGGAUUCUUUUUAAUAUUUUUCCUCGAAGAAGUCGUCAUUAUGAUGAUUCCAUCUUUCGAUGUUGUAUGGUGGAGAGUGCGGUGGAGGAAUCAAAAAAAGAGAAUCAAGAGAAUAUUGGUUAGUAACAAGCCGCAGUCAGAUUCUCAUCCAAAUCUUCCGAAUAAUUUUUCAGCUGACGAAACUACGGCACUCACUGCUACUUCGACAAAACGAGCAAUUUCAGUGGAUAAAGAAGGUGAAGGGCACUGUCAAACACAUUGUCCAUUGACUGUUCACGAGCGUAAAGGAUCCAAUGAAUGUACUGCAAACGCUACACAGUUGGGAAGACGAAUAACUCGUAAUCGAAAUCGUUACUCUUCAUAUGGUAGCACUUUUAAUGGGUCAGAAGAUCAAGGAAGUGAAUGUACCUUCGCUCCGGUUGCUUUUGCUGAACCGGAAAGAUGCGAAACGAAUUGCGAAGCAAUUGACGAAGAUCCUCCAAUCCUCAUGAAAUCUCGUCCUCAUGCCCAUUCUCAUGGAGUUCGAUCAAUCACUUUCGUGUUGGCUCUCAGCAUUCAUUCAAUAAUUGAAGGACUUGCUUUUGGAGUUGGCAGUGGAGAAAACGCGAUCAUCGCAUUGUUCACCUCACUCAUGGUUCACAAAUUGAUAGUCGCCUUUUCGGUUGGCCUCCAAUUGUUCCGUACUCAUGCUCACCAAAUCAAAUGGGUAAUUAUAUCCAUCGUCACGUUGGCUUCGAUGACUCCACUCGGCGCAUUGAUUGGCCUAGUGAUUACUUCCGCUGGAGAAGAUACUCUCUGGAAAGAUGCGACCGUUGUCGUUUUACAAGGACUUGCCGUUGGAACAUUCAUUUAUGUUACUUUCUUUGAGGUUCUCCUCCACGAAAGAGACAAUGAACAUCCGAACCUAUUAAAGCUGCUUGUCAUGUUCAUCGGUUUUGCGCUCAUCGGUGGAAUAAGAAUUUUCGAAAGUCCCCAUGGACACUCUCACGGACACGAACAUGAUAAUAUCACUCAGCUGGUUAUUCAUUAA